AUGUCUGACUCAAAAUCUUCCUUUCAUCCUGCUCUUACUGUAUACAACAUCAAGAACCAUGUUCUCAUAACUCUUGAGAUGGAGAGCGUACAAUAUACUACAUGGGCGGAACUUUUUAAGAUUCAUACAAAAUUCCAUCGGGUAAUUGAUGAUAUUAUUUUUCCAGCAGCGGGCACGGAGAAACAGCCACAACAAGAGAAGGACAAACAAUUGUGGUCCACCCUUGACGCCAUCGUUCUCCAAUGGCUCUACGCUACUAUCUCUCAAGAUCUUUUGCAUACAAUUUUUAAACCUGACACCACGGUGAUGGAGGCUUGGAAUCGCUUGCGUGACAUAUUCUAG